AAAAAAGGUACUCAAUGAAUAGUGUAAGAAAUAUCAGUGGAAUCAUUUCAUUGUAAUGAAGUUGUUAUUCAUCUUUCAUCAAGCCGGUUAGUAUAAAAGCCAAAAUAGUUAUUCACUGAUUGGACAAUGAGACAAGUCAGUUCAUAUUGAUUAAUUAGGCCAUAAAAUUGCUGCGAAAUUAUUGUACAUACAACAGUAUUUAAAAGAGACUAAUUUCAAUUCUCACAAAUAGCAUAAAUCAUUGAAAUUUUACUCACUUCAACAAGUUAGUGUGUGCACUUGAAUUAACUCACUCAUAAAUCUUGGUCAAAUCAGUGAAUUAUGAAUGACAUCAAAGUCUCACAAUCGUUAUCAGUUAUCCAAGCUACAACGACAAAUAAAAUGAAGUGGAUUAGUAAAAUUGCUUAUGGAACGGGUCAAAUGCUUAAAGAUCUUGUUGCAGGAGUUAUCAGUAUAUUCUACAUCAUAUUCUAUGAAGGUUGUAUCAGUUUGAGUAGUUCACAAGUUGGGGCAUUAUUACUGUGUGGUCAGAUUGCUAAUGGAUUAGCCACACCAUUGAUUGGUUAUUUAUCAGAUCGUCCACUCGGUCUAACUGAAAAACCGACAACUGGUCACCAGUCGAUAACGUGUGAAGAUGGAAGUGUAAAGAAGGAUAAGAGGUUUUCAGUCGAAUGAAACGGCAGUUGAGACUUGGACAGAGAAAGUCAUGGCAUUUAGGUGGAUGUUUAUUGAUGCUUGUUGCUUUUCCGUUGAUGUUCGGACAACCGGAAUAUUUUGUUGGUCUUCCAAUUGUGGUGAAGAUUAAUCAAUGGCAUGCUUAUAAUUUGUGUUCAGGUUGGUUGUGCAGCUGUACAAAUUCCCCACUUAUCAAUUAUCAAUGAUUUGACAGACCAACAUGAUGAACGAGAAUUACUUGCAUCCUUGAGAUAUUUAUUCCAUGGAAUCGGACAUUUGGCUACAUUGCUUAUAACGUAUGUAUUUUGAAUCAGAAAAUCCAGUUCGUUACUUUUGAAAUCAGUAAAUGAGACUGACAACAAUGUGAACAACAGUCAACUGUUCACAAAAUCAUUAAUAACAACUGACAUUAUUGUUGGAAGUGAACGAGCAACAUUGUUCAAUGAUUCGAUAAAUAACCAGUCAACAAAUGUUGGGAAACAGUUAGUCGUACAUUCAGAAUACAAUAUAACAAUUCAAGAUUUACCCAUAUUUCGAAAUGUUACAUUGAUUGUCGUUGGCAUUGGAGUAUUAUUCACAAUAAUCUUCCAUUGUGGUGUUCGUGAAGGUAAACCGAAAGCACACCAAUCACUCACAAUGCAAUCUCAUAAAAGUAAGUCAAAUACCAUGUUGAUGUAGAUGGAAUUUCG